AUGAGUCGCGAUGAACAACCGCCAUUGAAUAUGGAGAGUCCUAGGCCAUCCGGAGUCUCGAGUUUCGAGAACCGUGCGCUCCCUGCGCGCAUGCAAUACCGAAGUCGACCUGUCUCUGUCGCAGUUGACCCCUUGUCUUUGGUCAUAUCGGAGUGCAUCUCUAUAACGUCUGCUAUUCAGAAGAAUGCGCGCUCACCCCAUUCAUCUGUUUCAGCCAUUCUUGGCGGAAGCCCCAAUCCUCUUCAGUUAGGACCCCCGAGCCCUUCACCCCACGAGCGAAGUAAAAGCCCAGUGGGUAGCAUCAGCGGCGAUGGCUCUCAUGAUGGUCUCACCAAUCGUUGGGGAUUACGUGGGCAAAGGGGAAAAAGCAUGCAAGACAACCCCAUGAUUGCUGGCUUCGGUAAACUGAGGCAUGAGCUUGCCGGUGUGAAAGAUAUUCGAUCUUUCGACGCCCCCACGAUCUUGGCUCCCUUUCUUCACGUCAUUCAGACUAAGGGUACCGCUGCCGCGAUUACAAUUCUUGCUCUGGGCGCCUUGAGAAAGUUUUUGGCUUACGGUUUCAUCUCUCCUGAGUCGCCGCGAUUUGCAUUGGCUAUGCAGUCCCUCUCAGUUGCUGUCACACAUUGUCAUUUCGAUACUGGUGACUCGGGCCAGGUCGAGGUUGUCCUUCUGAUGAUUCUUAACCUGAUGGAAGACAUGAUGUCCGGUCCUGGAGGAGAUAUCCUGAGUGACGAGAGCGUUUGCGACAUGAUGGGCCGCGGCCUUGCUAUAUGCUCGCAGCCACGAUUCUCUCCUGUUUUGCGCCGCACUGCCGAAGCUUCCCUGGUCAAGAUGUGCCAGAUCAUAUUCGAGGACGUCAAGCAUCUUGAGGCCGAGGCUGGUGAAGAUGGCGAGACUCUUGACCAACAGAGUGACGACGACCUGGACACUGUCAGGAUGGAAAAUCCUGCCCCCGAAGCAGGUGGGCUAUCAACGGAACGGAUGAGUCUGGAGGUACCUGGCACAUCUACACCAGACCCUGAGCGAAUCAGUAGAGAUACUGUAGCCACCACAGAAACAACCCCGGCCACUGUAAGCGACCCGGCCGAGGAAACAGAGUCCCUCGACCUCAGGCCUUACUCUUUGCCUUCUGUUCGUGAGCUAUUACGCGUGCUGGUAAACUUUUUGGAUCCUCAAGAUCGAACGCACACGGAUACAAUGAGAAUCAUGGCAUUGCGGAUCAUACAUGUUGCUCUCGAGGUCGCGGGCCCUUUUAUUUCCCGACAUCCAGCUUUGGCAGGCAUAGCAGAGGACCGCUUGUGUUGCUAUUUGUUCCAGUUGGUGAGAUCGGAUAACAUGGCUCUCCUUGAAGAGUCUCUUGUUGUUGCUGGGACGCUCUUGGCAACUUGCCGUGGAGUGCUUAAGCUUCAACAGGAAUUGUUCCUGUCAUAUCUGGUCGCUUGUCUGCAUCCUAAAGUCGAAAUACCUCGUGAGCCUGGAAUUGAUCCUUCUCUCUAUGCUGGUAUUCCGCAAACUCCUAAACUGGUAAAGCCUUCGCAAUCGUCGCAGCCUAGCAGCGGACGAUCGACUCCAGUGCCGGUUAAGGAUCGUCAAAAACUUGGUAUGGAGGGAGGUGCCCGGAAACCAGAUGCCCGCCAGGCCAUGGUGGAAAGCAUUGGAGUUUUGUCGCGAAUGUCAACAUUUAUGGCUGAGCUCUUCAUCAACUACGAUUGUGAUGCCGAUCGGGCUGAUCUUUGUGAAGAUAUGAUUGGUCUACUUUCCAGGAACGCCCUUCCCGACUCUGCAACGUGGAGUACUACAAGCGUACCACCACUCUGCCUUGAUGCGUUACUUCGGUAUAUUCAGUUCAUUGAUGAGCGACUUGAAGAGGAACCUGUGAUUGAAGGCUUUCCAGACCCGGCGACUUUGAGAGAUCAACGACGCAAGAAGAAGAUUAUCAUCAAGGGUGCAAGCAAGUUUAACGAAAAGCCCAAGGCAGGCCUGGGAUACCUAGAAGCACAGGGCAUCAUCAAGGAUGCAUCGGACCCUGUGGCGGUUGCUAACUUUCUCAAGGGCACCUCUCGUGUCAACAAGAAAGUUCUUGGUGACUUCAUCUCUAAGAGAGGUAAUGAAGCAAUUCUUGAGGCUUUCUUGAAUCUUUUUGACUUCUCUGGGAAGCGAGUGGAUGAGGCUUUGCGUCAAUUCCUAGAAUCUUUCCGAUUGCCCGGAGAGGCGCCUUUGAUCGCCACAAUCGUGGAAUCUUUCUCCGAAAAGUUUUGUUCUGCUGAUAUAACUGGCGAAGUUGCAGACAAGGACGCGGUGUACAUCUUGACGUACGCCAUCAUCCUGUUGAACACUGACCAGCACAACCCCAACUUGGAGACGAAAAAACGCAUGACGUUGGAGCAAUUCGCCAGGAACCUGAGGGGAACCAACAAUGGCAAGGACUUUGCACCCGAGUAUCUGCAAACAAUCUACCAGUCAAUCAAAUCGAACGAAAUCAUCCUUCCUGACGAACACGACAACAAGCAUGCUUUCGAUUAUGCCUGGAGAGAACUUCUUCUCAAGACAGAGUCAGCUGGUAAUCUUGUCGUUUGCAAUACCAACAUUUAUGAUGCCGACAUGUUUGCGACAACGUGGAAACCCAUCGUUUCCACGUUGUCUUAUGUGUUCAUGUCCGCCACCGACGACGCCGUGUUUGCUCGAAUCGUCACGGGCUUUCAUGAAUGCGCUCGCAUUGCUACAAAAUACAAGAACACAGAGGCACUCGACCAGAUAGUUUUCUGUCUCAGUCAUAUGUCGACUUUGGCAGCUGAUUCGCAAUUUAACACCUCUCUGAACACCGAAGUCCAAGCUGGUGAUGGCAGUGUCAUGGUCAGUGAGCUUGCUGUUAAGCUCGGACGAGACUUGAGGGCCCAGCUAGCGACGCUUGUGCUCUUCCGUGUCGUCACUGGCAGCGAAGAACUCAUCCAUAGGAGUUGGAAAUAUAUGAUUCGCAUAUGGCUCAACCUUUUUAGUAACUCGCUCAUAUCAUCCUUCUCCCCAAGCAAUCUGCCAAGUUUGCCAUUGCCGUCCAUCCCCCUUCAGACCCCAUCACAAGUCAUCGACCGAGGAGCACGAAACGCAGACACCGGCUUCUUUUCAGCAUUUACAUCAUACAUCUCCAGUUAUGCUGCGGAUGACCCCCCUGAACCAUCCGACGAGGAACUAGAGAGCACACUUUGCACUAUUGAUUGCAUCAAGCAAUGCAAUAUGACUGCCGUGUUCGAAAACAUCGCGGAUUUGAACCCAUCUGUAGCCAAGCUCAUUGUUGAAACACUUGUUGAUCAACUGCCUGAAGACUCAGCCACAACUGUCAUCAGUGUCAAGCAUGAGAGUAUGCCAGCACCUCCCACGAAUGGCCACACGAGAUCACCAGGACACAUAGAGUACGAUCCGACUGUGGCAUAUAUUCUCGAGUUCUGUACGCUGUUGGCAUCACGGGAUGCCGAGUCAAUCGAAAGCAUGGGCAAGAUCGUAUUUGACACCCUCCAAGGCGUCCUUCGUGAUCCAGCACGAUACCAUGCUGUCACGGUUUCUCGAGCAUCAUUCUACUCUCUAAAGCUGCUCAAUAUCGGCUAUGAUCACGACUUCGUCAACGUUCCCUUUUUGCUCCACACGAUUUCAACUCUGCCACAAGAGGCGUUGGGUAAGAACUCGGAUUUGGUUCUGCAGGGCCUCUCGCUCUGCAUUGAAGAAUCAGGCCCGUUGAGACGCGAGAUGAUGACGUCUCCCGACUUUUGGGUUAUCCUACGAACCCUGGCUCAGCGCCCUGAGGCGGCAGCAUUGGUGUUUGAAAUCUUGGAAAAGGGAACCACCGGAACGCCCCCAGCCAUCAUGGCUGAUAAUUACGAAGCGGCGAUUUCGCUUUUGAAUGACUUUGCUUCUGCUGCUAGCCCACGGCAACCUAAGAUGCAACCCCGAAGCCCCCGAUCGCCGAGAGUCAAUCCUCCCAAACAGGACAAGAAGCUCAACGCCGAGGCGGUCAACAGAGGUUCGAAGGCAGUUAACAUGCUUUACAACAUGACAGACAGGAUCCCUCACCUCAUGCAACAGUCCCAGCUUGAAAGCAGCGAAGCUUGGUCUGCAUACUGGCUACCCAUCUUCCAGGCGUUGACAACGCAGUGCGCAAACCCUUGCAGGGAUGUGCGACAACUUGCCUUCUCUGCUCUCCAACGGUCGCUUCUAUCACCAGAGCUGACCUGCAGUGACCCUAAAGAGUGGACCGCCAUUUUCGGAAAGGUGCUCUUCCCCCUGAUAACCCAGCUCCUCAAGCCCGAAGUGUUCCUAUCGGACCGAGAUGGAAUGAGUGAGAUGAGAGUGCAGUCUGCCUCUCUCCUUUGCAAGGUGUUCCUUCAGUAUAUGGUACUGCUAUCUGAGUGGGACGGCAUGCUGGAUCUCUGGAUCAAGAUCAUUGAAAUCAUGGAUCGCCUUAUGAACAGUGGCCAAGGCGAUAGUCUCGAGGAGGCGGUUCGUGAGAAUCUCAAGAACGUGCUCUUGUUCAUGGCCAGCAGCGGAUAUCUCGUUUCGCCGCACAAAGACCCCUCAAAGGAGAAGCUUUGGUCGGAAACUUGGAAGCGCAUAGAUCGCUUCUUACCUGAGCUCCGUGGAGAGCUCGCACUAGACGAGCCUCCGAGCAAGGAAAAUACAAAUGAGCUGACUGUUGACGUGCCAGCACAGCCCCAGGACGCAGGCGAAGAGAUUACGGAGAAAGAGGUUGAGAGUGCAGAAACUACGUCAACAGAUGAUUCAGAUUAG